CUUAGGUGUCUGAAACAACAGACAUACACAUGGAAAAGUGUGCUGCGCGUCUCCCUUUCUCUCUCCCCCAGCGCCGCCGUGAGGAAACAGUCUUGGUUGUUUUGCUCAAUCCCUCAAUCCAGCGGGAGAGCGCUGCGAGAUCCGGCGGUCGUCUGAUCGGGCAGGCUGCAUACGCCAUGGAUAUCGGUUUUCGUGGGUUUGCGUGGAAUUGAGCCGAGUAGUCAAAAAAGGAGGGUGAGAGCGAGGGCGCGCUUCCUCGCGACUGGUCUGGCUGACUUGCAAAGGACUAGGACUACGUAGAGUAUACCGU